AUGGUCAAGAAGAUUGAAAAUUCAACUCGAAGAAGAAGGCAGUACUCGUCGGUGAUUGCAGAUGGCAGUUUGGAACGAAUGCUGUCUCACGAGGUCGAUCUCAACAAAGAAACGGUGAAAAACGUCAACGUUGCGAAACGAAACAAAGACGCUACCCUUCGCAAACUGACAGAGCUCAAGCCAGAGGAUCUGGAGCGAGUCGAGAAUACUUUGCGCAAUUUGCGUAAAUUGCAAGACGAGAAGAUGGUCCCCAAGACGGCCAUUCCAACUACUUCCUUGGGAAAAGCUGCUGUCUGGGUGCACCACACGAACGAAGUAGUCAACCAGUACUCGAAGAAAAACUCCAACGGUUGA